UCUCUCGUGGAGAUGUUCCCCAAGUCAGGAAAGUCCAUCGUCUUCGACCACUUUCCCGACCCCUCCGACACCUGGGAGAUCAUCGAGACCAUCGGGAAGGGGACUUAUGGGAAAGUGUACAAAGUGCUCAACAAGGCCAACGGGAGCAAGGCCGCCGUCAAAAUACUCGACCCAAUCCAUGACAUAGAUGAGGAGAUAGAGGCCGAGUACAGCAUCCUCAAGGGCCUGUCGGACCACCCCAACGUCGUCAAGUUCUUUGGGAUGUUCUACAAGAAGGACGUGAAGGAUGGGGACCAGCUUUGGCUGGUGUUGGAGCUCUGCAAUGGUGGCUCCGUCACAGACCUUGCGAAAGGCUUGCUGAAGAGGGGUGACAGAAUGGACGAGGCUGUAAUUGCCUACAUCUUGCAUGAAGCUCUCAUGGGACUCCAGCACCUGCAUGUCAACAAGACGAUCCAUCGUGACGUGAAGGGGAACAACAUCCUAGUGACGACUCAAGGGGGCAUCAAGUUGGUGGACUUCGGUGUCUCUGCCCAGCUGACGAACACCCGCCUUCGCCGGAACACCUCAGUGGGGACCCCCUUCUGGAUGGCCCCGGAGGUGAUCGCAUGCGAGCAGCAGCUGGACUCCACCUAUGACUGCCGCUGUGACGUCUGGUCGCUGGGAAUCACUGCCAUCGAGCUGGGAGAUGGGGACCCUCCGCUGGCCGACCUCCACCCAAUGAGAGCCCUCUUCAAAAUCCCCAGGAAUCCCCCGCCAACCCUCCGCCAGCCAGAGCUGUGGUCUGAAGAUUUCAACGACUUAAUCCAUGGAUGCCUGAUAAAGGAUUUUGAGCUGCGCCCACAUGUCCUUGACCUCCUCCAGCAUGUCUUCAUCAAGCAGAUCGACGGCAAGAAGAGGCUCCUCCAGACGCAGCUGAUGGAGCUCAUUGAUCUCAACCAACAGAUGGGCGUGAUCGAGAAGACCAGGCAUGAGCGAAUCCACACGAAGAAAGGGAGCCACAUGAAGUCCUUAAGCCCCGUCCCCGACGACGUCGAUGACCUCGCUGUCCUGGAAGUGCUAGACGAAAACACAGUGACGGAUCAACUGCAGAAACGCUACGCCAAAGGCCAGAUCUACACCUAUGUGGGCGACAUCCUUAUCGCCGUCAACCCUUUCCGUGAGAUGGACCUGUACUCUGGCGAGUUCCAGAAGAAUUACAUCGGGGCAAAGCGAACGGCGAACCCUCCCCACAUCUUCGCUGCUGCCGACAUCGCCUACCAGUCCAUGGUGUCCUACAAUUCUGACCAGUGUAUUGUCAUAAGCGGAGAGAGUGGGGCUGGCAAGACGGAGAGUGCCCACCUGCUGGUCCAGCAGCUCACAGUGCUGGGAAAGGCGAACAACCGAACUCUUCAGGAAAAAAUCCUGCUGGUGAAUAACUUGGUGGAAGCUUUCGGGAACGCCCGCACGGUCAUCAACGACAACUCCAGCAGGUUUGGGAAGUACCUGGAGAUGAGGUUCACCAACGGCGGCACCGUAGUUGGCGCCCAGAUCUCCGAGUACCUCCUGGAGAAGUCCAGGGUCAUCCACCAGGCCGGAGGUGAAAAGAACUUCCAUAUCUUCUACUACGUCUAUGCCGGUUUGGCUGAGAGGAGGAAACUGGGCCACUACAAGCUGUCGGACAGCAAGACGCCAAAGUACCUGCAGAACGAGCAGAUCAAGGUGGUACCCGACAUCGUCAGCAGCACAUACUACGGCGAGCAGUUUGAGGCGGUGGAGCAGUGCUUUAAAGUGAUUGGCUUUUCCCUCGAGGAGCUGGGGAGCGUUUACAGCAUCCUGGCUGCCAUCCUCAAUGCCGGCGACAUCGAGUUCACGUCAGUCGCCACGGAGCACCAGACAGACAAGAGCAACAUCGCGAACAUGGGCGUGCUGGAGAGUGUGGCUUCCCUGCUGUUCAUCCGGCCAGACGAACUGCAGGAGGCACUGACGUCCUACUGCGUGGUGACACGCGGCGAGACCAUUGUGCGGCCCAACACAGCGGAGAAGGCAGGCGAGGUGCGGGAUGCCAUGGGAAAGGCACUCUACGGCCGCCUCUUCAGCUGGAUCGUCAACCGCAUCAACUCCUUGCUGAAACCCGAUGGCCAACUCAGUGAGGAGGAGAAAGGAUUGAACAUUGGGAUCCUCGACAUAUUCGGGUUUGAGAACUUCAAGAGGAACUCGUUUGAGCAGCUGUGCAUCAACAUUGCUAAUGAGCAGAUCCAGUUCUACUUCAUCCAGCACAUCUUUGCCUGGGAGCAGGAUGAGUACCUGAACGAGGAUGUGGACGCGCGUGUGAUAGAGUAUGAGGACAACCGACCGCUUCUGGACAUGUUCCUGCAGAAGCCCAUGGGCCUGCUCUCGCUGCUGGAUGAGGAGAGCCGAUUCCCCCAGGCAACAGACCAGACACUUGUGGAGAAGUUUGAAGACAACUUGAAGUCCAAAAAUUUUUGGAGGCCAAAAAGAGUAGACUUGGCUUUUGGCAUCCAUCAUUAUGCAGGAAAGGUCAUUUAUAACGCAGAUGGAUUUCUGGCGAAGAACAGAGAUGCGCUUCCAGCCGACAUCGUUCUUCUGCUCCGUUCCUCUGAAAACGAACUGAUCCGCAAGCUGGUCACACACCCGCUCACCAGAAUAGGCAACCUGGCUCACACCAAGGGCAAAACGACGGGGUCCAGUCACACCCAGCCCUCCCAGCGCACCCUCAACUUCUCCAAGGCGGACACAGGUGAAACUUCACAUCAUCCCAGAGAGACGACCAACAUGAGAACGCAGACAGUAGCAUCUUAUUUCAGAUACUCUCUCAUGGACCUGCUUUCCAAAAUGGUGGCUGGGCAGCCCCAUUUCGUCCGCUGUAUCAAACCGAACAACGAUCGUCACGCCAACAAGUUCGACCGGGAGAAGGUCCUGGUCCAGCUUCGCUACACGGGCGUCUUGGAGACUGCGAAAAUCCGCAGACAGGGCUACUCCCAUCGCAUUCUGUUUGCCAACUUCAUCAAAAGGUAUUCAUUGCUGGCCUUCAAAGCAAAUGAAGAGCCCACCUUGACCCCAGAAACGUGUGCAGUCAUUCUGGAGAAAAUGAAACUGGAGAAUUGGGUCCUGGGGAAAACAAAAGUGUUCCUGAAGUAUUACCAUGUGGAGCAGCUGAACCUGGCUGUGCGGGUCGUGACGGACCGGGUGGUCCUCCUGCAGGCGUGCGUGAAGGGCUGGCUGGGGGCCCGGAGGUACCGGAAGAUUCUGGAGAAGAGGGAACAGAGCGCUGUGGUCCUACAGUCUGCUUACAGGGGAUACAAAGUCAGAAAGGAAGUCACCAGUGAUAAGGAUAAAGUGGAGGGCUUCAUCAUUAAGUUCCAGGCGGUUUGCAGAGGGUACCUUGCCAGGCGCCUGUUCAAGGAGCUAAUCGAUGAGAAGAAUAAAGCUGCAGCCAAGAUUCAAGCCCAUUACAGGGGCCACAAGGAGAGGAAAAGCUUUAAGAGGAAAAAGGAGGCCAUGCAGAAAGACGACCAAACCAAGUCUGAUACGGGAGAAGGUGCCCCAUCGGAGACUGACAUCUCAGAGGAGACCAGCCAACUAAACGGAAAAAACAAGAAAGAGGAAGCUGACCGGCAGGACUCACUAGGAGUGUCAGACAGCGAGUCCAUGGAUGGGUCUAAGGAACCCCCCCACAGUGAAAAGGGUACAGGGGAGGAAGUUGACCUUGAACAGGAGACCAAGGCUGCCACCGUCAUCCAGAGCAACUUCCGAGGACACAAGGAGCGGAAGAAGCUCAAGGAGGAGGGGAAGAUCCCUCAGAGGGGCAAAGGGGAUAUGACAUCUCAGCAGGACAGGCCCCCUUCUCCAGGGCCAGCUGAGUCCCCAGCAGAGAAGGUCCCAGAAGAUGAUGACCAAGAAGAGGAGACUAAAGCCGCCGUCGUCAUCCAGAGCAACUUUCGCGGUCACAAGGAACGCAAGAAGCUGCAAGAGGAGGGGAAGAUACCCAAUAAGAAGAAGGAGGUCAAGCAGGAGCACCAGGCAACAGAUCAGGCGCUGGAGCCAGAGCCGCAACCAGAGCCAGGACCAGAACCAGAGCUGGAACUGGAACCGGAAGAAGAGCUGGAACAAGAACAGGAACCAGAGCCAGAACUGGAACUGAAGCCAGGGUCACCCAGUGAGGACCCUGAUAUGGAUGAGGAGAAAGCUGCUACAGUGCUCCAGAGCAACUUCAGGGGCCAUAAGGAGAGGAAGAGGUUGAAAGAGGAGAAUGAAGUGAAAGAACAGCCUGAAAAAGCCGUGGAAGAGAUACCCGAGGAUACUGAUGUUCCACUCGAUAGUACAGAGCCACUUCAGGAUGACUCAAUGGACGAGGAGAAAGCUGCAGUGAAAAUCCAGAGCAACUUCCGGGGCUAUAAAGACCGGAAGAACUUAAAGAUGACAGCACAGGAAGAGGCAGAGGAGCUGGAGCAUUUUUCUAAGCAAGUAACUGAAGCAUCUGAAGACUACAUGGCUCUUCAGAGGAAACUGAAUGAAAUCAUUCUGGCCCACCAGGUAAACCCAUCUAGCAACGGUAUGUUUAUGAAAGGGAACCAGCUCAACCGUUAUGCAACAAGUCAGCACCAAACAGCUGAGCAGAAGCAGACAAGGGCGCCACGCAGGACGCAGCAACCAAAGACCCUAAACACGCCCGAGGACUCCACAUACUACAACCUCAUACACAGAUCAGUCCAGGAUGAUAAACGGCGUCCAAGGAAGCAAAGCAAAGGGAAGCUCCUGGACAUGGAUGAUCCUUACUACCAGGAGCUGUCGACCAGCAAGUCCUCGCCCUCCAUCUCCAGCGAGGGGACGUCCACCGACGAGAAGGCCACCCCGAGGCCGGCCUCAGAGCCAGACACACCCACAGAGAAAAGGCAAUCCUUACCCAGAAUGCCAUCCACGGACAGCAAUGCUGAUGACAACCCCUACGACUACAGGAAGCUCCUCAGGAAGACCUCUCAAAGACAAAGGCUCAUAAAACAGCACUAGUGCUGAUCUAGGAUCAGUGUCUGAUGCU